AUGUUGACGAUUGGCCCGCAGGAAUUUGAUAUACGAAAGGAAUGUGGAAGCAAUUGCAGAGACGGGUUCUCAAGAGUGGAGACCUUCCUGAACAAAAAGGAAGUGAAAUAUGCUUUAGGGGUCGGGGAUAUAGAGUUUAAGAUGUUUAGAGAAGGAGUGUAUAAUGCGAUGCAUGGGGAAAUAAUGAGGAAUCUCGCAGUGGGUAUCCCCGUGCUUCUUGCGGACGGGCUGAAGGUGCUCAUUUAUGCCGGUGCGGAGGAUCUCCGCUGUAAUUAUAUUGGAAUCUUCGAGUGGGUUGAAGACAUGGAGUGGUACGGUCGAGCCGACUUUAAAAAAUCUGGAAUUGCUCCAUUUGGCGUUGAUGGUUCCGUGGCAGGAUGGGGAAAAAGACAUGGAAGACUUACUUUCUUGACGGUUAAUGAGGCUGGGCACUCUGUUCCGAUGGAUCAGCCGAAAGUUGCUCUACAAAUGAUACAGAGCUGGAUGGCAGCCGAUGUCCCAUGGCUGGUGCAGAUGAUGGGCGUGCUACUUAUUGAAAAGAGGGUGCCAACACGAUACGAUUCUUCUUCUUUGGCUUCUGUUGGGACGAUCGUCGAGAGGCGCUUUGAGCUCCCACUUCCUGACAAUUCCAGGGCUUCCAUUCAGGACCUCAGUCGUUAUGCCGGGUGUUACCCGCUUCCACACUCCCAUGCCGCAAGGAUGUUCUUCUACUUCGUCAAAUCACCAAAAAACGUAAGUGACCCGGUGGUGCUAUGGGUAGCCGGAGGCCCUGGCUGUAGCGGUGCAGGGAGCCUGUUCAAUGGGAAUGGCCCUUACUAUAUUAGCGACGACAUGACUCUUUGCUCGAAUAAAUAUGGCUGGGAGAAGGUGUCGAAUAUCAUCUUUGUUGACCAGCCUACUGGAACUGGUUUUAGUUUCUCCACUGAUGAGCACGACAUUCGGCAGGAUCUGCAUGAUGUUAGCAAUGACUUGUACGACUUCUUGCAGCGGUUCUUUACAGAGUAUGAUCAACUUGCUCGGAAUGAUUUUUACAUAGCCGGAGAGUCGUACGCUGGGCACUACAUUCCCGCUUUAGCUACUCGUGUUCAACAAGGGAACAGGUUUAAGGAAGGAAUUCACAUAAACCUGAAGGGGUUUGCAAUUGGCAAUGGCCUAACCAAUUCCGGGAUCCAGUAUGGAGCAUAUACAGAGUAUGCUCUAAGGAAGAACUUAAUCAAGCGGAAUGAUAAAAUUCGGAUUGACGCAAUGUUCCCAGAAUGCACAAAAUUGGUUCGACAGUGUGAGAGCGGGGGCGACUGGUCUUGUGUGCUUGCAUAUCACGAGUGUGAAAGAAUUUACAAAGAGCUUAAGAAAAUUGUGGGGAACAGAUAUUUUGAUAUUCGAAAGGAAUGUGGAAGCAAUUGCAGUGACGGGUUCUCAAGAGUGGAGACCUUCCUGAACAAAAAGGAAGUGAAAUAUGCUUUAGGGGUCGGGGAUAUAGAGUUUAAGAUGUUUAGAGAAGGAGUGUUUAAUGCGAUGCAUGGGGAUAUAAUGAAGAAUCUCGCAGUGGGUAUCCCCGCGCUUCUUGAGGACGGGCUGAAGGUCCUCAUUUAUGCCGGUGCAGAGGAUCUCCGCUGUAAUUAUAUCGGAAUCUUCGAGUGGGUUGAAGACAUGGAAUGGUAUGGUCGAGCCGACUUUAAAAAAUCUGGAAUUGCUCCAUUUGCCGUUGAUGGUUCCGUGGCAGGAUGGCUUAAAACACAUGGACCACUUAGUUUCUUGACGGUUAAUGAGGCUGGGCACUAUGUUCCGAUGGAUCAGCCGAAAGUUGCUCUUCAAAUGAUACAGAGCUGGAUGGCAGCCGAUGUCCCCAUGGCUGGUGCAGAUGUUGGGCGUGCUACUUAUUGA